AUGAUACUUGCGUCAUCUUCAACAUCCAAUUGUUCGGCGGAAGAGGCCCGUUUGUAUCCCUGUUCACUAAAUUGCAUUCCGAAUUUCGACGACAUCACGUUUUACCUUGUAGAGAUAGCAACAGGGAAGGUUUGCGACUCGCGCACUUACAAAAAUGAAUACAUCCACUUGUCAUAUCAUUCGGGCGUCAGUCUCGCGGGAAAUUUGUUUUCCAUCAUGUCGAUUCAAAACCAGACCAUACGCAUUCUCCAUAUCAAGGAAGAUGGUCGCUUUAUUGAUGUGCAAGAUAUUGGUUGGCUUAGUUAUGACGACGAUGAACUCGUGCUGGCUCGUUAUCGUGAUUUUGACCUCCAAUAUAAUGCUCAACGAAAAAUAGUAACUAGCCCAGUUAAUCACAAGAAUGCACCUCCUGAUAUUAUGGAAUUGGACGAUGAAAAAUAUGCAUAUUCAUCGUCUUUCCUUUCAAGCGACUCAUUCGAUGACAUGAUGGAAAACAAGGUUCCGUCCCCAAACAUCUCUCCUAAGCCACGACAAAAUUCUAAUAGUCAUCAUCCGAAUAGUAGUAUACCUGCCGAACCUAACCCGACAAUUGAGGCUGUCGCACCCAUAAGUGGUAUCAAACAAAGGAUGCUUUCAUAUUUGUUUAAGAAAGCCUACAACUCUGAUGACGGUGGUUUGGCCUUACGUCACUUUUAUCAAAUAUUUGCACAACUCGCGUCGCUUGUGAUGUGGAAAAUGCAAUUCAUCGAUGAGUCACGAUUUCUCAUAAAGUUUGGAAGCGUUGAUUGCGUGACCGGACGCCACAAUGAAAGUACCGCGCACACAACCUUUUUCGUGAUAUACAACUUCUUAACGACAGAGGUUCUAUCCGUGUACGACAAUGCCUCUGAGGAAUUUCUUGCUGAAUUUGAAAAUUCGCCCGAGAUUUUUCAGCGAGUCGCAUUCAAUCAGUCAUUUUCCCGUGAUUCCACCUAUGCCAAUAACAUCUAUGCCAAGGCAGUGUUGGAAAAACACCUGUACGCGAUCAGACACGCACGAAACGGAGGGUAA